AUGGCAUACAAUAUGACUACAUCAACAUUAUCAACUAUACCUUUAUUAGUUUCAACAUAUUUACCAAAAUCAUUACAUCCAUUCUUACUACUUUCAUAUCCAAUACCAUCACAUCCUAUUCCAACUCAUACUCAUACUCAUACUCAUAGCCGUACAUAUGAUGCGAUAUUUCGUUCAACAGUCGCAUCAGCAUUAGGGACUGGGAAAGGGGCAGGGACAGCAUCUGGAGGAUCUGGGGGAUUAUCGAAAUUAACAUUACUAUAUGACAAAGGACCUAAAGAUUUAUACUUUGUCUUUUCAUGGUGUAUAAUAUUCACUUUAUUAAGAUCAUUCACAAUGAUCUAUGUUUUUCAACCAUUCGCAAAUCAUAUCCUAACGAAAGAAUCAAAGAAUGGUAUAAUAAAAGAAAGUAAAAAAGAUAAAAAGAAAAGACACCAUAAUGUCACUAGAUUUUCGGAACAAGCUUGGAGUUGGUUAUAUUGUAGUAUCUUCUGGACUUUAGGAAUGUUCACACUCUACUCUAUACCAAAUCCAACUUCACCCGAACAAUUAUGGGGUACAUAUCCUUAUACACCUUUACCGGCUUUAACAAAAUUCUAUUAUCUGGCUCAAUUAGGAUGGUGGUUUCAUCAGAUAUACGUUAUCAACACUGAGAAGAGAAGAAAAGAUCAUUGGCAAAUGUUCGGUCAUCACGUCUUGACGAUUAUCUUGAUCGUUACUAGUUAUAUGGCGAAUUUCACUAGAGUAGGAGUACUCAUCCAUGUUUUAAUGGAUUUCUGCGAUAUAUGGUUACCUCUCGCCAAAAUGCUUCGAUACUUGUCAUUCUCCUUUGUGUGUGAUCUAACAUUUGUGGUAUUCCUCGUUUCGUGGUUAUUUUCACGUGAAAUUGGUCUUUUCCUAGUGAUGAGAACUUCAUUCUACGAUGCUCCCCGAUUUAUAAAAUUUCAAUGGUCACCUUCUACAGGAAACUAUUUAACCUAUACGACUUACUUGGGAUUCAUAGGUUUGGUCACCUUUUUAUGGAUUCUGGCUAGUAUAUGGUUUUACAUGGCUUGCAGAGUAGCUAUCAAGGUUGUUAAAGGUGAAGGUGCAGAAGAUUCGAGAUCGGAUGAUGAAGAUGAAAAUGAAAAUGAGAAUGAAGAUGAAGCAGAUUCCUCAACGACGUCAACAACAAGUUCAACUUCAACACCAACGAUACAUAUAAGUAAUGAACUGUUAGAUGAAAUUCCUCAAUCUGUUGGUACCAGUACGACUACAGCUUUGAAAAUGAAUGGUUCUGCGAACCACAAUCAGACUCAACAAAAUUUCAGAAAAAGAUGA